ACCGAAAUCAUCGUCUGCUCAUGCGAGAUUUUAUUCAACACCGCACAUUGUUCUUUCCAAAACGACUCUUUUUGUCGGUUUCAGAUUAAGCAAAAAAGACAAAAGUAUUAUUCAACAGUACAAAAAACAUUGUUUUCCCCACUGACCAAGGAAACAGUUGUCCCCUUAUUUUCGCUAUUGUAGACUAUAAACUUGGUAAUCGUAGGCAUGAGCAGGAACGUCGUUUCCACUCCUGCUGCGACGGAAGAAUGCUUUGAUUUUCCGCCAUGGAAUUUAAAAACAGUUAAAAACCACAUUCUUCCCUCCAAAUCACCUAGCAGCACACCAUGCAGCAUUCACCAUGAAGCCUUCCAUAAACUUUCUAUCCCUCACCUGCCUGACAUGGUGUUUCCUGAUAAUGUUUUAAGGAUCCAACUGUCUAAUGGUGCUGGAAUAGAAUUUAAUACGUUGGAUGCACUGAAGCUUGUGAAUGAUAAAGAAGAUUCAGUUAAGGUAGCUGUCGCAGAGGCUUGGAUCGAGUCCAGGGCAGACAUGAACAUUUCUCACAAAGUCAGCCACCCAUUUGACUGGACGUUCACCACAGAUUAUCGAGGAACUGUGCUUGGCAAUAUGAUGGUGACUGCAACCGAUUCAAGAAUUGACAUGGAAAAAUUAAAACAAAAAGAAAAGAUUCUCUUUUUCGACGAGAUCCAUUUGUACGAAGACGAACUUGCCGAUCACGGUUGCGCUUCUUUCUCCGUCAAAGUGAGAGUUAUGCCGAGUGGUUUCUUUGUUUUAUUGCGUUUCUAUCUGCGCGUCGAUGACGUGCUCAUCCGCAUCAACGACACCCGACUCUAUUACGAAAAAGACAACCAGUAUAUGUUACGGGAAUACACUUCCAAAGAGAGCAAGACAAAGGACCUCAAGGUCCCUCGAGUCUUCUGGGGUGACCCCAAUGAAAUAUCCCAUCAUUUGUCCCUUGUUCAUUCAAUCCACGAAAAACUGGAGUUUUAGAAGAAAACAGAAAAAAUUUACGAGUUUACUCGUUUGCUUUGCUCCACACACACGUUCCGUCGUAUAUUCGCUCUCAUUACAUUGCAUCUGUUUCA